CCCCCUCUCUCCCCACCACCGCCAACGACAAAGGCGCGCAGAAGCGCACGGCCCCGACGGGUCCCUCCCUUCAUUGAUUGAGUGCCAGGCUCAAUCGAAUUAGUCGCGAUGGUCAAUGGAAGUGGCUGCUAGCUCUGGCUGGCUGGCUAGCUCGAGCGCGUAAGACUUUGCGGGAGAACGGCCGUUUCCACGUCGCCGGAGCCCGUUGUGAUUUUUUUUUGCGUUUGCGGCUCGCUCCUCCCGCCGUCCAUACACCUCCGGAGUUCCGCUCGACCGCAAUUUUUGUUUGUUUGUUGCCGUUGCUCCGGAUAGAAGAAAAGAAAAAACACCGGGGGGAAAUGUAGCGUCGGCGCUACGCACCUGCCCCCCCGGGCGAGAGCGAGAGUUACAGGCAGAGAUUUUGGUCAAGCAUCGUCCCGUCCUCUGCAACUCCGCAACACGUCGUGAAACGUCGCCACCCUCCGCCCCAGCGAUGCGCGUGCACAGCAGCCGGGCGGCGGUGCCCACGCUGCUGGGCGUGUGGCUGAGCUGCGUGCUCACCGGGCGAGGCUGCCCUGGGCAGUGCCAGUGCUACAGCCGAGCGGUGGAGUGCGGCUCCCGGCAGCUGACUCGAGUGCCCGGUCCCAUCCCCAACACGACCCAGGUGCUGUACCUGCAGGACAAUGGGCUCUCGCGGCUACACACGCACGCGCUCCAUGCGUGUGCCCAUCACCUCGAGAGCUUGUACCUGCAGCAGAACCACAUCUCCUCGCUGGCCGGGGCCGAUGGAGAGGAAGAUGGGCUCUUCACGGACCUGUCGGCCCUCAGGGAGCUCAACCUGGCCUCCAACAGGCUCACCACGCUGCCCGCGGGCGCCUUCGCCGGCCUCCUAAACCUGCGCCAGCUGUAUCUCAACAACAACUCCAUCGGCGGCGUGCCGGCGGGGCCACUGGAGCCACUCGCUCGCCUGCAGGAGCUACGCCUGCAGCACAACCGCAUCCGCUGGGUGGAGGCGGGCGCGUUCGGAUCGCUCGCCGCGCUCGCGCUGCUCGACCUGUCGCACAACGAGCUGCGAAGCCUGAACGAGGAGCUGCUGUCGCCCAUGAGGGGCCUCAGCACGCUGGGCCUGACCGGGAACCACUGGCAGUGCGACUGCACCCUGCAGUGGCUUAAAGAGCUGCAACAGGACACGGCUUUGGCACCGCUGCAGCUCAGGUCCAUAAACCUGACCUGCUGGGGACCCCCGGCGCUGGCAGGGCUCCGAAUGGAGCAGGUGUCCCUGGAGGCCAUGUCCUGCACCGUGCCGCAGGUCCACAUCGACCGGCAGCGAAUACAGCUCACGGCCGGACAGAACGGCAGCGUGCUGUGCAGCGCGACGGGACUCCCCGAGCCGAGGGUCUCCUGGAAGCGUCUGAGUCACGGCGGCGACGCUACGGGGAGGACGCACGGCGUGGGCGGCACGGGGCACUUCAACGGCUCCGCUCACCGCGAUGGCAGCGCGUGGGAGGAGGACGUGGCGGCAGCGGCGGCCGCGGCUUCGAAUGAUACGGUCACGCCGGGCAACCGCGCCACGCUCGACAUCGUCAACGUGACCGAGGGAGACGCGGGCGCCUACAGCUGCGAGGCCGUCAACGCGGCCGGCUCCGACGGGGCCACGUUCUUCCUCGGCGUCGACGCUUCCGAGCCGUCGUGGCUGCGUGCCGAGGAGGCGGUGACCGUUGUGGUCGAAGGGACUGCCGCCGCCACCGGCACCGUGGACUUUGCCGCGAUGGCCGCGUCAACGCAGGCCGGUAUCGCGUCGGGCAUCGCCCUGCUGGCGGCGACGGUGGCGACGCUGCUCGUCGCCCUCGUGCGCCACCGCAGGAAGGCCGUCCGCGCCCGCGGCAAGAGGGACGACGAGAUCUCCUACAUCAACGCCUUCACCGAAGGCCCCACAACAUGCGGGCAGCUCGAGGAGUUCCGCGGGGAGAGCGGGCGGGAGAUGUACGUCAUCAAUCCUGGUCGGCGGCCCAGCGUAGCGGAGAGGGCCGGUGGCACGGGGCGGCUCACGGAUGCCCUGCCGUCGCAUGCCGACGAGCGGCAGCCAUUCUGCCCCGGCAACUCGUCUGACGCGGAAUUCAUUAAGACGAGCAACUACGGCGACCUCAACUUUGACCAAGCGACGCAGACCUACGGUCUUAUCCUUGAAAACCCUCUGGAUCACGAGCUGGAAGAGGGUCAGGUGGCGUACGAGAUAUGCUACUGAGCACGGGACAUAUUGGGGAGCGAAAGAGAGGCUGAAAGUAGUGCAACCUACCGCAGCCUGUAUUCCAACUUAGGCGAAAUGAUAGGCGAGCUUAAACGAGCCGUGCAGCGUUGAAAAAUCCAAGUAUGACACCCUAGCCUCUUCCUUUUGAAAAAAGAAAAGUAACUUAGAUCUGCGCGUGGAUGGGUAUGUCGAGACCGUUUAACGGAGCACCGCCGCGGAAGGCGCACAGCCCGCACUACGCUGUAGUCAUGCACUCCAACGGUCGCAUGCACUCUCCCAGGCGACAUUCAGCAAACGGAGAGCUGAAAUUCGUAUUCCACGUCUGCACCACCGCUUGGUUUGCUUUUAUUUUUUUUACUUUAAAAAAUCAUUACGAAAGCGCCCACUGUCACGGAGCCAAACAGGAUCUUUGUCAUGAGCAGCAGCUGUCACCCACUUGGCCCGCAGAUGAUGCGCGAGGAGUGACAUACAAUUGUCCUUGAGCCCAGCAGUCAAGGCAAGUGUGCAUUAUUUUAAGACUAUGUCACAAACGUACAAUCCGCCCAUUGUAAGAUCGUGUAGGAAGAGUUACGUGGUCAGGGCAUCUCUGUAUUCAACAUUCACGUUUGCACAAUGUAAAUAGUUAGCUUCGAGGGCUUGCAUUAAGCGCUAUUCCCAAUUUCUAAAGAUUAGAUUUAAGAGACAUUCGUGUGUGUUUUCAGUCACAACUGAAAUCGAUGCUUGUUCAUGACAAUGGAUAACGUCUAAGGGGGUGGUUGGGUUAGGACCAAGCUGUGCAGUUUGUGCUUUGAACGUUACAGAAAUCUCACCAAAUGAACAGUUUCUGCCUUUUGGAGGGACACUUCCCCCCCUUUAACCAUCAACUAGAACUUACGCACAACUGCUUAGGCAACAUGGGUAUCGUGUAUAGGUUUAAAAACCUUUUGUGAAGGUGUGCUGGUGUCCUCAUUUGUGUUUGGCCUCGAUGCACUGCUCCUUUUUUGGUGUUGUAAUUGUCCUAUAUAGAUUAAAUAUAAAUUAAGCACACGUGUCCGAGUUUCACAAUGCAUGCCCUGGUACGUACCUGGGAAGUGCGUGCAUUAUGUUAAGCGGAGAUCACAAGCAGCGCCGCAAGCUUUUCAGUAUUUAAUGUCGCUCCCUAAGCUCCAAUGCGAAGAUAAGGGUUAUAAGUUGAGGGCCCAAGCAGUGAAGACAAGUGGCGCUUACAUGCACUUAUUGCACAGACUGUGACAUGGCUUAGUGGUGGCGUGUUCGCCGAUUGUUGCAGAGGUUCACAGUACGAAUCUAGCAGCUGCCCUGGUUAUCACUGCAAGCGUAAUAACCAUGACAAUACAUGCCGUCAGCUUCACAGUGGACGUGCCGCUGGUGUCAUGGUCACGCAAAUUGGAAUAUACAUUUGUAACCAUCGUUCCCCUCCUGUGAAAACUUGGCAGAACCCUACGAACAGUCAUGAGACUCAGCGAGGCUUUCCUGGGUAAACAAUGCUCAUAAUAAAAGACACAAGAUGGGGUGGGUGGUCGCCGCCGCCACCACCACCCCCUGCUCACUCCUACGUGUAUGAUGCUUUCAAACUGUAAUGGGGAUACUUUUCAGGGUAUAUAUCAAACAUAGCACGAAUCGAUUCCACGUUAAGGCUCAGACUCGCUGCGAUUAAUUUGAAUUUUAUCAACAAAGAGCAAAGCACGGCAUCUGCCGUGCGCGUAAUAUGCCCGCUUCUCCACAGGCGAUUGUCGGCUUAUUAUGAACAUAAAUUAAUUAAUUCAGCCAGCAGUCUAGUCAUCUGGAGCAAAAGCAUUCCUCACUAACAAGCACCUGUGCAGUGAACUUGUCUCAGCUAAUACAUGCGACCCAAGUCCAUUCAUUACCACAUUUUGUUCAAGUUAGUUUAUCAUAAACAUUCUGACAAUUCCUCUCAUAUAUAUUUUCACGAAAGCAGCUGCUGCAUUGGUUACCCUAAGGUGAUAUUGGUAAUUUGUCUCCAAUGUCAUGGAAAUGCAUUUAAUCCCGUAACUAAAAACAGGGAUCUCUGUAAACAUUAAGACGCACAUGACGAUACUUGUUUAUUUCCAUAACAAGGAAAUAAUUAAACUUGGCUUUAAUUAGCACAACGAGUCAGCCUGCUUACUUAUUUAUGCAACUUCUUUAUGCAGCACUGACCGACUAGAGACUUCGACAUCCUGUUGGCAGGGUGGCUUCAGAGACACGGAGGGGGUUUUUUUUUUGCAUUUCACAAUAAGGACAUUGUGGCAUUAUUUUUUUUUAAAUGUGGUCAAUUCCCAUCACGACCCCGUAAAACAACAGCCUUGUAACUUGCUAAGCAUAGCGCAGAGUCCCCGAAAUAUACCUUAGAAGUUCGAUAAUUCCACCGAGCGUAAAGCAAAGCAAACAGAAUGUAACCAGGACACGUGCAAACGGACCCGGUGUCAGACACUGAUGAACACUGUGCUUCUCAGUGCGCGGCAAGGCAUGCCCCAGCAACACCUAAGGUAAAUGCACUGUAAAUCAUUUUCGAUGCAAUUCUCAAGAAUUCAAUUUAAGACACACGGGGUUGGCUGAAGUGAUGGAUGAAUGUAGAGUUACAUUUGUCCCUUCAAGUGUGCGGGGGCCAAAACCAAAAGCGAUAUCUUUCACGUACAGCAUCGUAAUGCGUACCGGAGUAAAAACAGAUGAACGGAGCAGCGAUUGUUUUAACACGCAUUCUUUCAAGAAUUGAGAACAGGUGCUGUAAAUAGCUUUUUGCCGUCACACCUCGAGCUUUACAACAUGUGUAGACUUUCUCUAAUUGGAUGUCGACACCCGUAACUGGUAACGCGAACGGUUCCUUAUGUGCCAAGCAAAUCUGGGCAGUUUGCACUCUUAGUGAACUCAUUUGGGACAGUCACAAACCAAACUGUGUAUACGUCAAAUAAAACUAUAAAUUGGAAACGUGAAAAUGUCCACUAUGGCUGGACACACUACGUAAAAUAACGUACAAUAAAAGUCUAUACAUAACUCUGAAUGCCCAGUUGUCCCUUGCAAGUGAGCGACAAAAUCUCGGUGUGCCAUAUCACCUGGUUAAACACAGGACUCGGGAGUGUAAUUUGACUGACCGUUAUGUUUUGUUUUGAUGUGCGGAGCACUCGCGCAGUAGUUAAACCACUGCACUAUGAACCCAGUGACCGGAUAUCGAUUCUUGGCCACGGGCUAACAACAGCGACAAGUGAACCGGUUCUACACCUCCUCUGCCGCCCACUUAACCAACACACACCGCGACCAGCGUCAUUAACGGACGGUCAAACACACCCUAUCGCCGUAAAAUGUGGUUAGCGGGCCUUCAUCAGCAAUGCAUUUACAAAUGGCUGCAAAUGUAUAUUAUUCAGAAAAUUUACCUGUCUAUCGCCAGCAGACAAAAAAACAUUUAAGUCCUGAAACUUAACCCCUAAACACUCUGCAAGGCAAUUGAGACAGAAUCAUGCUCAACAUAUGUGUUUACCUCUUGAUUGCUCCAGCAUAAUUCUCCCUGCUAAUCCAUUUUGGUUCCAUUUUAAUUACAUAACCACACCAUCUGUCUUCUCAUUAGAGCAUGUGUUACUACAAUGUUAAAUAGUAGCUUGGCUGAGCAUAUCGCUCCGCAAAUGUCGCACAUUGAUAGCUUUGCUGCCUAAUUGCUGUGUCUCGUAUGUGUACAAUGUACAGAUUUCUCUACGAAACAAACUGUUGUUGCUGGAUGCCUCCGCAACCACAAGUCCAGAAUUCUCACUGGAAGAAUAUUUUCUAUGUACCAUGUGCAAUUACUGCCCAUUUCUAAGCAACGUAUAUAUUUUAGCACCACUGCAUAUGCUCCAGGCAAAUGUGAAGGAGAUUUACAGUGUCGACCCAAGGCCAAAAGCACAAGGAAUGCUGUAUAUUGGCUACGAGAGCCCUACAUCAACACAAAUUAAAAUAACAGCUCCGUUCAGGCGCAGCAGACACACACGCCCGCGCACUUACAUACGCGACACGAACAGCAGCCCAACAGGAGAAGUCAAGGACGAAAAAAAAUCAUAGGGCUUCAUCUCAAGAGCUAUCUGUUGGUGCUGCAAGGUUCCUUAAUGGCAGCCAAUGAAAUUUGUAAUCGCUGAAACGAUGCUGACAGUGAGGGUGAUGAACAAAAUGCCAACCAAAUCUAGCCGAUCGAUAUUUUGACACUGUGAAUGUAUAAGGGGCAUGAACAUUUGCAAAUGGGGUAAGAGAGAGAGAGACGCA